AUGUUGAGCAAAAUGAGGGCUGGAGCAGGGUUUGCUCGAGUUACCUGCCGUUCGUACGCGGCGAAAGCGUGGGUUGGCGAGAAAUUCAAGUCUGCCGAGGAGCUUGGGGAAUACUUGUCCAAAGAGACCUGGUCCGUGGACGAUUAUCUGUCAGAUUCGCAAAACGCAGCUUUGGAACGACCCAGUGAAAAUACUGUCAGAAAACUGCUGAAAUUGUCUGGUUUAUCGCUUGAGGGAAAUGACAUUGAAAGAAUUCAACAUAGGCUUGGGAAGCAGCUCUCGUUUAUCGAUAAAUUGCAUAGGAUUCCACUGGAGAAAGAAGCGUCAAUGGACGAAAGCAAGGCACGUCUCAUGCCCCGUGAGGUGGCGCCACUCAACUAUGAGGACUUGCUGGAUAAGAUAGCCACUCAGACGGCGAAUCCGGAGCUUGGCGAAGUGGAAGGAGGCUGGGACAGCACUGGUCUGGCAAAAAUGAAACAGAAUAGGUGCUUCGUAUUACGAGAAGGGUUGAUGCACAACAGGAAUUAG